AUGGAGAAAGCACUCUCCUCGUUUCUCUUAACAUUACUCUUGUUGCUUCAAUAUGUUAUGGCUACUUUAGCCAUGACUCAUACAAACAUUACCACGGAUCAAUUAGCUCUUCUCUCUAUGAAAUCACAAUUUAUUUCAAAUAUCUUGGAUGAAAGGUGGUCUCCUGCUACUUCUAUUUGCCAUUGGAUAGGAGUCACUUGUGAAUCUCGUCACGAGCGAGUGAAGUCCUUGAAUCUUUCCAACAUGGAUCUUACCGGCAAGAUUCCGAAAGAUUUUGGAAACCUCACAUUUCUUGUUUCUCUUGACUUGAGUGGCAACAAUUUGCAUGGAAAUUUGCCUCAUGAAAUGGCAAGCUUGAGUCGGCUUAUGUUUCUUGAUUUGAGUUUGAACAACUUCAUAGGGGAGAUUCCUUCUUGGUUUGGAUUCUUACAGAAACUUGAAGUUGUAAAUCUUGGUAAUAAUAGCUUCAGUGGUACCAUUCCCACUACAGUUUCUAAUAUUUCUAAGCUAGAAACUUUGGUUUUGACAUCCAAUUUCUUAGAGGGUCAAAUUCCAGAAGAAAUUGGAAAUCUUAAAAACCUGAGGACUUUAGACUUGAGUGGAAACAAGCUCGUAUACUCUAUUCCUCCGUCACUCUUGAAUGCCUCAAGGUUGGAGACUUUAGACAUAUCUGCCAAUUUACUUGAAGGAAACAUCCCGGAAGAGAUUGGCAAUCUUCACAACCUGAAAUACUUGUCCAUGGAAGAUAAUCAACUUACGGGUUCUAUACCAUUCACAACUUUCAAUAUUUCUAGAAUCGAAGCCAUUGGAUUUUCAUACAAUAGCUUAUCAGGAAAUCUUCCCAAUGACAUAUGCAAUGAUCUCCCAAUACUCAAAGGGCUUUUUCUUUCUGGAAACAAGCUUGAUGGUCAUAUGCCUGCAAGCUUGUCCAAUUGUUCACAACUUCACAUGUUGUCUUUAUCAUAUAAUCAGUUUGAUGGACGAAUACAUAGUGAAAUUGGAAGAUUGAGUAACUUGCAGAGAUUGUAUCUCGGAUCCAACCAUUUCAAAGGGAUAAUUCCACAAGAAAUCGGAAAUCUUGUUAAUUUGGUGAAAUUAGGCGUGGAGAGAAACCAGAUUACCGGCUCUAUCCCGAUCACCAUAUUCAAUAUCUCAUCAUUGCAAUUUGUUUCACUAGGGACGAACAAUCUCAAGGGAUCCUUCCCACGGGAGAUUGGUAACUUAACCAAGUUGCAAUUUUUAUAUCUUCUUGAAAAUAGGCUUACUGGUGAAAUACCAAGAGAGAUAAGAAAUCUCGUUGAGCUGGAGGAACUUAGUCUUGAGUUGAAUUGUUUUAGUGGUUCACUUCCAAUGGAGAUUUUCAACAUAUCACGACUGACAACAAUUGGUCUUUCAGGCAAUAAUCUAUCAGGAACUCUACCACCAAACAUAGGUUCUAUCUUACCCAACAUCAAACAACUUGUAUUGGGUGGCUUAACCAAUCUUGUUGGGACUAUUCCUCAUUCUAUCUCCAAUUGUUCAAAGCUUACUAGACUAGAUCUUUCAAAUAACAAACUCACAGGCUUGAUUCCCAAUUCUCUUGGAUAUUUGACUCAUCUACAGAUCCUACACUUGGGGCUAAACAAUUUAACCAGUGAUUCAUUUUUUAGCUUCAUCACUUCCUUAACCAAUUGUAGAAAUUUAACAUAUCUUAUUCUAUCUUACAACCCUCUAAACGACAUACUUCCUAUAUCGGCUGGGAAUCUUUCCACAUCUCUUACAUUGUUUUACGCACAUAAUUGCAAGAUCAAAGGCAAAAUUCCAAAUGAAGUUGGGAACUUAAAAGGCUUAUUAGACCUUGGUCUUUCUGGAAACAACUUAGUUGGAUCGAUUCCCACAUCGAUUGGAAACUUGAGAAACAUUCAGCGCUUCAACUUGAGAAACAACUAUCUUACAGGAUUUAUUGGAGAUAACAUUUGUAAAUUGCAGCAUUUGGGGGAAAUUUACUUGGGACAAAAUCAACUUUCAGGAUCUUUUCCUAAUUGUUUAGGGAACAUCACUUCCCUUAGAGAGAUACAUAUGGGUUCUAAUAAAUUGAGUUCCGAUAUACCAACAAGCUUAGGGAAUCUUAAAGAUUUAGUGGUUCUUGACUUAUCGUCAAACAACAUGGUUGGCUCUUUACCUUCAGAAAUUGGAAAUCUAAAGGCUGCAAACCAUAUAGAUCUGUCGAUGAAUCAAUUAUCAAAUGGAAUUCCCAGAGAAAUUGGAGGAUUGCAGAAUUUGGUGCACCUUUCUUUGAGACACAACAAGUUGCAAGGAUAUAUACCUAACUCAAUGAGCAACAUGGUAGGCUUGGAAUUCCUAGACAUUUCUCAUAAUAAUAUAUCAGGAACCAUUGCUAUGUCUAUGGAGAAACUUCAAUACCUCAAGUAUUUCAAUGUUUCUAACAACAAAUUGUAUGGUGAAAUACCCUCGGGGGGUCCUUUCAAGAACCUCUCGAGUCUGUUUUUCAUCAACAAUGAAGCACUGUGUGGUUCUUCAAGAUUUAGUAUCCCUCCAUGCCCCACUUCAUCAAAGCACAGAUCAAAUAAGAAAAAAAUGCUAGUUCUAUUUCUUUUGCUAGGAAUACAACUUGUAUUUGUUCCUAUCGCCUUUCUGUUCCUAUGGAUAUGGUAUAGAAGAGGUAAAAGAGCUCCUCAACAAGCUGAUUCAUUGUCUAUCGCAACAACAGAAAGAAUUUCAUACUAUGAACUACUCCAAGCAACUGAUUCGCUUAGUGAGACUAAUCUGAUUGGUUCUGGAAGUUUUGGCUCUGUCUACAAAGGCGUUCUCAGAAGUGGAACUACCAUUGCAGUUAAAGUGUUCAAUCUGCAGCUGAAAGCAGCAUUCAAGAGUUUUGAUACAGAAUGUGAAGUUUUGCGUAGCCUUCGCCACAGGAAUCUGGUGAAAGUCAUCACUAGUUGCUCCAACCUUGAUUUUAAGGCUUUAGUGCUCGAGUAUAUGCCUAAUGGAAGUCUUGACAAGUAUUUGUAUUCACACAACUACUUCCUAGACAUCAGGCAGAGACUAAGUAUUAUGAUAGAUGUGGCAUGUGCGUUGGAAUAUUUCCAUCAUGGAUGCUCCUCUCCCGUGAUUCAUUGUGAUAUAAAGCCUAGUAACGUCUUGUUGGAUGAGGAUAUGGUUGCCUACCUAAGUGACUUUAGUAUUUCAAAACUGCUUGGUGAAGAUGAGAGUGAUUUAUACACAAAAACCUUAGCAACAUUUGGUUAUAUUGCACCGGAGUAUGGACUGGAUGGACUGGUGUCAGUAAAAUGUGAUGUCUAUAGUUACGGGAUCAUGUUGCUGGAAACGUUUACUAGGAGAAAGCCUAAUGAAUUUGAGGGAGAUCUUAGCUUGAAGCAAUGGGUGAGUUAUUCACUCCCAGAGGUAGUAAUGGACGUUGUGGAUUCCAACUUGGUUAUACCAACGGAUAAUCGCUUACGGAAGGAGUUAGAUAUCGUGGCAUCAAUCCUGAAAGUAGCAUUAGAUUGUUGUGUUGAAUCUCCGACAAGAAGGACAAACAUGAAAGAUGUUGUAGGGAUGCUAGAGAAGAUCAAGAUUCAACUUCUUGCAUGCUGA